AGUUUUCAGAGUUCACUGUUCAGUGGAAAAUGAGUCCUUCAAAAGAAAGGAUCAGCAGAUUUGUGGAAGAACAUACUGGUUCAAUGGAAAUAAACCGCUGCAGCAAAGCCUUUUAAAGGUAUGGCAAUAUUAAAAACAGUAUUCAGCCUCACUGUCCUGCAGGUGGUUUUGAAUAUUUUGGGAACAGAAGGGUGUGUUCACAUUCCGGAUUAUCAAUCUCAGGAAACACAUGACAAUGCUUAUGUGCCAAAAAGACAGAAAAGAGAAGCAUUGCAGGGGUAUCAGGAGUACGUCAUUGAUGUAGAACUCAACGUCUCCAGCAUCGCAGUGCUAGAGCAGCUGAAGGCAGUGUUUAAUUCUGUUAGUUUGCCCAUCCAAAUUGAAGACACCAAUAUAACUGACAUUAACAUUAGCACAGUGUGCUCUCCAGUGGGCUCUGGUUACCAGUGCAAAUGUGAGGAAGAGUUUUCAUGGCCACUGGAGAGCUGCCAAAAGUAUAGCAACUGUAGCACCAUCACUGCUAACACAUGUGGAUGCAUCAAUGCCAUUCCUCUCGAUGGACCAUUCUGUGAAAUUAACUCAGCAACAACACAACUCACCCCUAAUGAGUACAUUAUAGAAGUUGAGGUCAAUGUUUCUGACAUCGCAGUGUUAAAUCAACUGAAGUUCCUCUUAGACAACGUCACUUUUCCUUUUCAACUCAACCCCAUGAUUGAAAUCACUGAUAUAUUAAAUAUUACUAUAGACACCACUCCUACAUCCACUAUACCAACAACACAACUCACCCCUGAUGAGUACAUUAUAGAAGUUGAGGUCAACGUUUCUGACAUCGCGGUGUUAAAUCAACUGAAGUUCCUCUUAGACAACGACCCUUUUCCUUUUAAACUCAACCCCAUGAUUGAAAUCACUGAUGUAAAUCUUACGUCAGUGUGUUCCUCAUGUGGGUGUGUCAAUACCUUUCCACUCAAUGGAUCAUUUUGUCCACCAGUCACCACUCCUCCAUCCACUGUAGCAACAACAACACCACAACUCACCCCUGAUGAGUACAUUAUAGAAGUUGAGGUCAACGUUUCUGACCUCUUAGACAACGACCCUUUUCCUUUUCAACUCAACCCCAUGAUUGAAAUCACUGAUGUAAAUCUUACGUCAGUGUGUUCCUCAUGUGGGUGUGUCAAUACCUUUCCACUCAGUGGAUCAUUUUGUCCACCAGUCACCACUCCUCCAUCCACUGUAGCAACAAACACCACUCCUUCAUUGAAUGUAUCAACAACACAAGAGCCAACAACACCACAACUCACCCCUGUUGAGUACAUUAUAGAAGUUGAGGUCAAUGUUUCUGACAUUGCGGUGUUAAAUCAACUGAAGUUCCUCUUAGACAACUUCCCUUUUCCUUAUCAACUCAACCCCAUGAUUGAAAUCACUGAUGUAAAUCUUACGUCAGUGUGUUCCUCAUGUGGGUGUGUCAAUACCUUUCCACUCAGUGGAUCAUUUUGUCCACCAGUCACCACUCCUCCAUCCACUGUAGCAACAAACACCACUCCUGCUUCCACUGUACUAACAACCCAAGAGCCAACCACCACGACUCCACCACCAAACACCACUCCUGCAUCCACUGUACUAACAACCCAAGAGCCAACCACCACGACUCCACCACCAACCAUUGCGACUGUACCACCAAACACCACUCCUGCAUCCACUGUACUAACAACCCAAGAGCCAACCACCACGACUCCACCACCAACCAUUGCGACUGUACCACCAAACACCACUCCUGCAUCCACUGUACUAACAACCCAAGAGCCAACCAUUGCGACUGCACCACGAAAAACCACUCCUGCAUCCACUGUACGAACAACCCAAGAGCCAACCACCACGACUGCACCACCAGCCAUCACGCCUGCACCACCAAAAUUUGAGUUUCAGAUGACAUUUCGCAUUGUUAACUUGGACUUUGAUAAUAGAUUGUCCGAUACUUCUUCUCAACAAUAUAUUCAAUUGGAAAGGGUUAUCAGAAAUGCUAUUGAUAAAGACUACAAGGCGAACAUUGACGGAUAUGUCGAAGUAUCAAGCAUUCACUUUUCGAGUGGCAGUGUGGUCACAACUUAUACAGUGGGGACAAACAUAAUUAAUUCCAUUGACUUUAAAAAGGCAAACCAAGCACUUGUGGAAACACUUGCACAAAACUACUCUAUUGCUCCCGAGUCCUUUAACGCAGAUCCCUUCCAAACAGAAAACACAUUUGAGGGUUUGGAUGUCCUGUAUUCCGGAGAUAGCAGCAUGACUUUACGCUGUAAUCCAGAAAACGUAAAUCGGAGUAAUUCUAAAAUAACCUGGUUUAAGGACGAAAAUAGACUUGAAAAUAAUGUAAAUAAUAAGUAUGAAAUCCAGAGUGAAACAUUAAGUCUCAGAGUAAAGAACCUUAUUCGAUCUGACAGUGCAAAGUACGAAUGCUCUGUGAAAGAUGGCAUUCUGAGGUUUAUCCGGAACCAGCCCAUUACAGUGGAGCCUGCUCCAAGAUUUUUUGUGGAGAGAGAAGUCAUCAGAAGUCAAAGUGACAAGGUCACAUUCAAUUGCUGCGGAGAGGCACGUGACUUCCGCCUGCAGUGGAAAUCAGAAAGUGGUGCUAUACUGGGAGAACAGCCAGCAUUCCAGAAAGAUUUGAAGUGCAUUCAAAUUGACAUAAUGAGAAAUGAAGAGGCGACCCAGAAGUUUAAUUGCAGUAUGACAUUCAGAAGUACUACCUUUUUAAAGGAAGCUACCGUGCACUUUUUAAGAAAUGAUGAGAAUUUUCCUUGUAAUGACCCAUAUGGACCUGGGAAAGAAAAUGACGAGGUUUCUAUAGGCUGCUCAAUGGCCAUAAGUGGCAGCCAGGCAUACCGAUGUGAGAAUGGCAUAUGGACGUUUGUGAACAGCACUUGCCUCUUACCUGCAAUUAUGGAGCUAGAAGUAGAAUCAAAGAGUUUGGAUCUAGAAAACAUUGUUGUUUUUGUAUCGAGAGUCCGUAAUGUCACCGAGACAUCUGAAGAUGAAGUAGGUGUUUCAACUACAAAUAUUGUAACCAUUGUGGACAUACUGACAACUGUUGUGGAUGUUAUAGAUGGAACGGAAGUCAACGACACUGUGAUUGAGAAUUUUCUGAUUGCUGUGAAUGUUUUAGUUGGAAACGAUACAGAAGGAACCUGGGGACUGUUAAAUGAAGACGGCGACACCAACAACACUAGUUCUCAAUUACUGGCAUCAGUAGAGGGAAUCGUGCAAGCCAUUGAAAACACAACCAUUAGUUUUACAACAUCCAAUAUUGAGCUAAACAAAGAAGUAUUCUUUGGUAACUUUUCCAUAACAUUUAAUUCAACUGACAAUAUAACUGUGUUUGAAUCAAUGCCUCGCUUCGAAACUACAAUUACCACUGUACUCUUUCGCACCCUGCACUUCGUUUUACCAGCACGGAACCUUACCAGUCCGAACAACACAAUUAACGGAGCUGUCAUAUUAGCCUACACGAACAGCACAGUUACUAACGUCACUUUGACGUUCAAUAUAAGAAACACAACACUGGCCGAUCCUCAGUGUGUCUUUUGGAACUUCAGUGAAACAGCAUGGGACUCAUCAGGGUGCGAGGUGGAAACGGACGGGAAUGAGACCAUAACGUGUUUCUGUAACCACCUGACCUCCUUCUCCAUUUUGAUGUCACCUUCCAUCCCUGAAGCAUUCCGACUCCUUUUGGAUUUCAUCACCUACAUUGGAGUAGGCAUAUCAUUGGGCAGCCUGGUCCUGUGCCUUAUCAUUGAAGGCAUUGUGUGGACUGUCGUCACCAGAAACGACAUAUCCUACAUGCGGCAUGUUACCAUCGUCAACAUCGCUGUGUCCCUGCUUAUUGCAAACAUAUGGUUUAUCAUCGGGGCGGCCAUAUCAGAUAUUGACGAGGAGACGCCAGUCGGCCCCUGCAGUGCUGCGACCUUUUUCAUCCACUUCUUUUACCUGGCCUUGUUCUUCUGGAUGUUGAUUUCAGGCCUGUUGCUCUUUUACCACAUGGUUAUGGUCUUCGCCCAUAUGUCCAAGAGGACCAUGAUGGCCAUCAGCUUCUCAGUAGGCUAUGGCGCCCCCCUCAUCAUCGCUGUCGUCACGGUUGCAGUCACGGCACCGCAGAACGGAUACUUCCGGCAAAACGACGUCUGCUGGCUCAACUGGUUCCAGACAAAGGCCCUCCUUGCUUUUGUGAUUCCUGCCCUGGCCAUAGUGGUCAUAAAUUUCCUCAUCCUGAUUGUGGUACUGUAUAAAUUGUUGAGGAGGGGAGUGGGAGAGAACCAGUCAGAUGAGAGAAAUGCCUUGGUGGUCAUCGCAAGGUGUGUUGCUCUCCUCACCCCUUUCUUUGGACUCACGUGGGGAUUCGGAAUAGGAGUCAUGCUCGCACCGGAAAGCAUUGGCCUCCACGUUGUGUUCGCCGUUCUUAAUUCAUUACAGGGUUUCUUUGUUUUAGUGUUUGGGACACUGUUAGACAGCAGGAUACGAGCAGCAUUAGCAGGGAGGUUCUCCUUUAUAAACACAAGCUCCAACCGCACAAGGAGCACAAGUGGAGGUCCCUCUUCAUCAAGUGGAUUGGGUCUCUUUCGAAGACACAGAAGAGAUGUAUACCAUGUCUCAGAAGCUGCAUCUUCCAGCCAAUCGACCGCUGCUACGGAAUCUUUCAUCAAUACUUAAUGCUUUUUGAUUGCCAGUGGUGUUUACAAGCCACAUUGUAAGUGUUGAGUAAGGGUGGAACUUUAUCAUUCCCAUUUGGCAGGACACCAAAAUGGUUUAACAUGAAACAUGUCAUUUUUUGAAAUAUUUUUUGUCCGGAUGAUAUAUAUUGAAAUUGAAAUACAUAAGAAUGAUACUGUCAAGUAUUGUUCACAUCUUGAAGAAACUACGAUAAAAUACUUCAAAGAAUAUUCAGUUAGAUAUGAAGUUGAACGACUAAUUUUAAUACAAAAUCCUGAUAUUUUGUUUAGAAAAUACAGUACAUGGAUAAAUUGAAUUUCAAAGUGAACUCCUGUUUAGCUUGAAAUUUCUGUGCUGUUCGGUAGAGUACUUUGUGCGUCAGAAAUAAAACAUAAUAUAAGCAUGUUUUUGCCGGUGCGUAACGUUCUCAGUGUGCAUACUGAAAAGGUUAUGGUCUGUUGAUAUGGGAAGGUUGUGAAGCUUUGGCUUCUCUUUUGAAUUUGCAAAGACUAAUAGAAGCUGGGCAGAAACACCCGGCCCUUUACAAAUGUUAAGUCAUUCAGGGAAAUCUGAGUUUUGAACAUGAAUUAUUUAUUUUGUUUUACUUCUUUUUUUUUUUACUUUGUACUUUGUUAACUUUGUUAAUUAUGUGUAUUUUCUGUAUUAUAUGUUGUACACUAGUCCAAGCGGAGCUCUCUUGUAAAAGACCUUGGUAGGUCUCAAGAAAACACCCAGAGUAAAUAAAUACUGAAGGAUAAAAUAUAUUCAUUAAAAUCAGGAAAUUUC